AUGAUACAUACCCAUAUACGAUUGACAGAGAGAGACGGCUUUGUCAUUCAACUCUCUUCCUUUUUUUCAAUCAAACCUCCUUUUUCUCAAAUCCAACCCUUGUUCAAUUUGACGGCAACACGAACAUCAUUGGUUCCCAUUGCUUUUUGGGAAAACUUCCUUAUCUCCUUGAUGGCUCUAGGAGCUUUCUUCUUGAAUGUGCAUCCAUGGAGGCGUUCAUGGAGGUUAAUGGUGUACUCUCUGGUAACCAUCUCUUCCUUCCUACCGGUGCCAGUCUUCUCCACCAUUUUCACUUACGACGCAGGGAGCGAUCCAUAUACGGUGAAGGUUCGGAGGGUGGCUGACGGUUUCUUUGAUUCCGGAACCGGAUAG